AUGGCAACGGGAGACAACUACACGUGCACGUUGAGCGAGGAGCAGCUGAGGGUGUCGAAGGAGGAGUUAAACGAGGACCCGGAGACCAGGGCAAUUGAGGUCAAGACGCUCAGGCAGAGGCUGGACAAAUAUCCAGGACUCACGGCCCGCACUGAUACCAGUUUUCUCUUGCGCUUUCUCCGAGCGAGAAAGUUCAGCCAAGAAGAAACCUUUGAGCUGGUCAUCAACUACUACACAGCCCGCAAGGAGGAGCCGGAGAUCUUCAGGGACCUACGUCCCCAGUGUGUUCGGCAUGUGUUUGAGAGCGGCUAUACUACACCAUUAGGGAUCAAAGACAAACUGGGUGCAACAGUUAUCCUGGAGAGACCGGGAAAAUGGGAAUUUGGCAGGUUCUCAGAAAUGGAUCUUAUCAAAGCUGACUGCAUCACUAUCGCAAAGAUCAUCCAGGACGAAUGGGUUCAAGUCCAUGGCAUUACCCUCCUUUUGGACUACGACGGAUUUACUCUCUCCCAUUUCACACACACGUCGCCUUCGUUCGCCAAAAGGAUUGCCAAGUUGUGGCAGGUAACAGAUGGUAGCUUUUUAGUGAAACUGUAA